UCCCAGAUCUGCCAGAUUGCAAUGCAAUAGCUUUUUCACAGGUAAGAUUUCAUGCAUUUUCCGCGGUUGCCUCACCGCAUGGAUGUACCUCCAUUCAAUUUAUCGCUUGCAUUUCUGGAUUUUGGCUUGGUGCAUUCCAGUUCUUGCAAAUUGCAUGAGACACACCAGAAACUAAUAACAUUGCAAUUGGAUGAAUGGAAGAGGAGGAAGGAUGCCAUGAAUCUCUGAGUGUCAUUUCAGUAUGUUGCAUUGAUUAUUUAAAAGUGUCCUGUUUCGAAGAUUCGCUGUAAUUUAAGCCCCACAAGGCAGGUGUGAGAUUUGAUCAAGACCCCUAUUUAACAUAAGAGGCUGGGAUGCACCUUGCUGGUCUGUCUCCUAUUGGCUUGCUGUAAAUAACUGCAGAAACCUGUGGCUGCUGCUUCUCUGUGUACGGUGUUGUAAGUAGGAGCUUCCUCGCCACCUGUCAAGAUGGUGGCCCUGUCCCUGAAGAUCUGUGUCCGGCAGUGUAAUGUGGUGAAGACCAUGCAGUUUGAACCCUCCACUGCAGUGUAUGAUGCCUGCCGGAUAAUAAGAGAGCGUGUGCCUGAGGCUCAGACUGGACAAGCAUCCGAUUAUGGGCUGUUCCUGUCGGAUGAGGAUCCUCGAAAAGGGAUCUGGCUGGACUCUGGGAGGACCCUGGAUUAUUACAUGCUACGAAAUGGGGAUAUUCUGGAGUACAAGAAGAAACAGAGGCCUCAGAAGAUCAGGAUGCUGGAUGGGGCAGUUAAAACCAUCAUGGUGGAUGACUCAAAAACUGUCGGAGAAUUGCUUGUUACCAUUUGCAGUAGAAUAGGAAUCACAAACUACGAAGAGUACUCCUUAAUCCAGGAGUUUGCAGAAGAGAAAAAGGAGGAAAGCACAGGCACACUUAAAAAGGACAGAACCCUCUUACGAGAUGAAAGAAAGAUGGAAAAAUUAAAAGCCAAGCUUCACACAGACGACGACUUGAACUGGUUGGAUCACAGCCGGACCUUCCGAGAACAAGGUGUGGAUGAGAAUGAGACGUUGUUGCUGAGGCGGAAGUUCUUCUACUCGGACCAGAACGUCGAUUCAAGAGACCCUGUCCAGCUGAACCUGCUUUAUGUGCAGGCCCGGGAUGAUAUUCUGAACGGCUCUCAUCCUGUAUCUUUUGAUAAAGCUUGUGAGUUUGGAGGUAUCCAGGCCCAGAUACAGUUCGGGCCCCAUGUUGAGCACAAACACAAGCCAGGAUUUCUAGAUCUAAAGGAGUUCCUGCCUAAAGAAUAUAUAAAGCAGAGAGGAGCCGAAAAAAAAAUCUUUCAGGACCACAAAAACUGUGGAGAAAUGACAGAAAUAGAAGCAAAAGUCAAGUAUGUCAAGUUAGCCCGGUCUCUCAGGACAUAUGGUGUAUCAUUCUUUCUAGUAAAGGAAAAAAUGAAAAGCAAGAAUAAGCUAGUCCCCCGCUUGCUGGGUAUUACCAAAGACUCUGUGAUGCGUGUAGAAGAGAGGACCAAAGAUGUGGUACAGGAGUGGCCAUUGACCACAGUAAAGAGAUGGGCAGCUUCUCCCAAGAGCUUCACUCUGGAUUUUGGGGAAUACCAGGAGAGUUACUACUCAGUGCAGACCACUGAAGGUGAACAGAUCUCCCAACUCAUUGCUGGAUACAUUGACAUCAUCCUGAAAAAGAAACAAAGUAAGGACAGGUUUGGGUUGGAAGGUGAUGAGGAAUCCACUAUGCUGGAGGAGUCUGUGUCCCCGAAGAAGUCAACAAUUUUGCAGCAGCAGUUUAACCGGGUUGGCCGCGUGGAACACGGGUGCGUGGCGUUGCCGGCGGUGAUGCGCUCCGGCUCGGGUGGACCGGAGACCUUUAACAUGGGCAGCAUGCCAUCUGCACAGCAACAUGUUAUGACAGGGCAGAUGCACAUAGGUCACAUGCCCCCACUGAGCUCCGCACAGCAAGCUCUAAUGGGGACCAUUAACACUAGCAUGCAGGCAGUUCAACAGGCCCAGACUGACCUUGGGGAAGUCGGGGACCUGCCACCACUGGGACAGGACAUGGCAUCAAGAGUUUGGGUUCAGAAUAAAGUGGAUGAGUCAAAACAUGAAAUUCACUCCCAGGUCGAUGCUAUCACAGCUGGCACUGCUUCAGUUGUGAACCUUACAGCUGGAGACCCAGCAGACACAGAUUACACUGCUGUGGGCUGUGCCAUCACCACCAUCUCUUCCAACCUGACGGAGAUGUCCAAGGGGGUGAAGCUGCUGGCCGCCUUUAUGGAUGACGAUCUGGGCAACGGGCAGGACCUGAUGAAAGCUGCCCGCAUUCUGGCUGGCGCGGUGUCGGACCUGCUCAAAGCAGUGGAGCCGGCUUCAGGAGAGCCCAGGCAGACUGUACUGACAGCAGCUGGGAGCAUUGGACAGGCCAGUGGAGAUCUCCUGAGACACAUUGGAGAGAGUGAGGCCGAUGAAAGAUUCCAGGAAGUGUUAAUGAAUUUGGCCAAAGCUGUUGCCAAUGCGGCUGCCAUGAUGGUCCUGAAAGCCAAAAACGUAGCCCAGGUGGCAGAGGACACUGUCCUUCAGAACCGAGUAAUCGCUGCUGCCACACAGUGUGCCCUAUCCACGUCCCAGCUCGUCGCCUGCGCCAAGGUGGUGAGCCCCACCAUCAGUUCUCCGGUGUGCCAGGAGCAGCUCAUUGAGGCUGGGAAGCUGGUGGACCGCUCUGUCGAGGGCUGUGUCAAGGCCUGUCUUUCCACCACGGAUGACAAUGAGCUCUUGAAGCAGGUGAGCGCUGCAGCCAUCCUGGUGAGCCAGGCCCUCAACGACCUGCUCCAGCACGUCCGUCACUAUGCCAGCCGAGGGGAGCCCAUUGGGCGCUACGACCAGGCCACCGACACCAUCAUGACAGUCACCGAGAGCAUCUUCAGUUCCAUGGGGGACGCCGGUGAAAUGGUACGACAAGCAAGAGUCCUGGCCCAGGCGACCUCUGAUCUCGUUAACGCUAUGAGAUCUGACGCUGAGGCCGAAGUAGAUGUAGACAACUCUAAGAAGCUGCUGGCAGCUGCUAAACUGUUGGCUGACGCUACAGCCCGCAUGGUAGAAGCUGCAAAGGGGGCUGCAGCUAACCCAGAAAAUGAAGACCAACAGCAGAGACUGAGAGAGGCAGCAGAGGGACUGAGGGUUGCCACCAACUCAGCUGCUCAGAAUGCUAUCAAGAAAAAGCUGAUCAACAGACUGGAGAAUGCAGCUAAACAGGCUGCAGCUGCUGCUACCCAGACCAUCGCCGCAUCCCAGAAUGCAGCAGCAUCCAACAAGAACACCGUGGCGCACCAACAGCUCGUACAGAGUUGCAAGGCUGUUGCUGACUAUAUUCCCCAGCUGGUACAGGGGGUGAGAGGAAGCCAGGCCCAACCAGAGCAUCUCAGUGCCCAGCUAGCUCUUAUUAUUGCCAGCCAAAACUUUCUCCAGCCGGGAAGUAAAAUGGUGACCUCUGCAAAGUCAGCUGUCCCAACGGUUACUGACCAGGCGGCUGCCAUGCAACUCGGGCAGUGUGCCAAGAACCUUGCCACUAGCCUGGCAGAACUGAGGAGCGCAGCACAGCAGGCGCAUGAAGCCUGUGGGCCUAUGGAGAUUGACUCGGCCCUCACUGCAGUGCAGACUUUAAAAAAUGAACUUCAGGAUGCCAAGAUGGCUGCAGCUGAAGGACAACUCAAGCCAUUACCAGGGGAGUCUCUCGAGAAGUGUGCACAGGACUUGGGAAGCACUUCCAAGGCAGUGGGGUCUUCAAUGGCUCAGCUAUUGACCUGUGCAGCUCAGGGCAACGAGCACUAUACAGGCGUUGCAGCCAGAGAGACUGCCCAAGCUCUGAAGACGCUAGCCCAGGCAGCCCGAGGGGUAGCCGCCGCCACCACUGACCCGCAGUCUGCUGGCGCCAUGCUGGAUUCGGCCCGCGAUGUGAUGGAGGGGUCGGCCAUGCUGAUCUAUGAAGCCAAGCAGGCACUGGUCUGCCCUGGAGAUGCUGAGAGCCAGCAGAGGCUAGCACAGGUGGCAAAGGCAGUAUCCCACUCCCUGAAUAACUGUGUAAACUGCCUGCCUGGACAAAAGGAUGUGGACAUGGCAUUGAAGAGCAUUGGGGAAGCCAGCAAGAAACUCCUCGUUGAUUCUCUACCUCCAAGCAGCAAGUCUUUCCAGGAGGCCCAGAGCGAGCUGAACCAGGCUGCAGCUGGCCUGAACCAGUCCGCUGGGGAGGUGGUCCACGCAUCCAGGGGCACGAGUAGUCAGCUGGCCGUUGCGUCCGGAAAGUUCAGCGAAGACUUUGAUGAGUUCCUUGAUGCUGGUAUUGAAAUGGCUGGCCAGACACAGUGCAAGGAAGACCAAAUCCAGGUCAUUGGAAACCUCAAGAACAUUUCUAUGUCCUCCAGCAAGUUGCUCUUGGCUGCCAAGUCUCUCUCGGUUGAUCCUGGAGCACCAAACGCCAAGAAUCUCUUAGCAGCAGCUGCGAGAGCUGUGACAGAGAGCAUCAACCAGCUGAUCACACUGUGUACCCAGCAGGCACCGGGACAGAAGGAGUGUGACAAUGCAUUGCGAGAGCUGGAGACUGUGAAAGGAAUGCUGGAUAACCCCAAUGAGCCAGUCAGUGAUCUCUCCUACUUUGACUGCAUUGAAAGUGUGAUGGAGAAUUCCAAGGUCCUGGGAGAGUCGAUGGCAGGAAUUUCUCACAAUUGCAAGACUGGCGACUUACCAGCUUUUGGUGAUUGUGUGAGAAUUGCUUCCAAGGCUUUGUGUGGACUGACAGAAGCUGCAGGCCAGGCUUCGUAUCUGGUUGGUGUAUCUGACCCUAACAGCCAGGCAGGUCAACAGGGGCUAGUGGAUCCCAUCCAGUUUGCCAGAGCCAAUCAAGCAAUCCAGAUGGCCUGUCAGAACCUUGUGGACCCUGCAAGCAGCCCAUCUCAGGUGUUGUCGGCUGCCACUAUUGUAGCCAAACACACCUCCGCUUUGUGCAACGCCUGCCGCAUCGCCUCCUCCAAAACAGGAAACCCUGUUGCUAAGAGACACUUUGUGCAGUCGGCUAAAGAGGUGGCAAACAGCACUGCCAGCCUGGUCAAGACAAUUAAGGCAUUGGAUGGAGAUUUUUCCGACGAGAAUCGUGACAAGUGCAGAGUUGCCACCUCGCCCCUUAUAGAAGCAGUGGAGAAUCUCUCAGCGUUCGCCUCCAACCCAGAAUUUGUCAGCAUUCCUGCUCAGAUCAGCAGAGAGGGGUCUGCAGCCCAGGAACCAAUCCUGCACUCUGCAAGAGCCAUGCUGGACAGUUCAUCUCUCCUCAUUAAAACUGCUCGCUCAUUGGUUAUCAAUCCAAAGGACCCUCCUACCUGGUCUAUAUUGGCUGGUCAUUCACGCACAGUGUCAGACUCUAUCAAGAGCCUUAUCACAUCAAUCAGGGACAAGGCUCCUGGCCAGAGGGAGUGUGACUAUUCCAUCGAUGACAUUAACAGAUGUAUCCGGGGUAUUGAACAGGCUUCACUUGCAGCUGUCAGCCAAAACCUGCCUUCGAGGGAUGACAUUUCACUAGAGGCUUUGCAGGAGCAGCUGACCUCUGUGGUACAAGAGAUUGGCCAUCUCAUUGAUCCCAUUUCAUAUGCGGCCAGAGGAGAGGCAGCCCAGCUGGGACACAAGGUUACGCAGCUGGCUAGCUACUUUGAGCCUCUCAUUCUUGCCUCUGUCGGAUUUGCGUCUAAACUUCUGGAUCACCAGCAGCAGAUGACCGUGUUGGACCAGACCAAGACACUGGCAGAGUCUGCCCUUCAGAUGCUUUAUGCAGCCAAAGAAGGAGGUGGUAACCCUAAGGCUGCCCACACUCAUGAUGCUAUUGCAGAAGCUGCCCAGCUGAUGAAGGAGGCAGUGGACGACAUCAUGGUCACAAUGAACGAGGCGGCCAGCGAAGUGGGCAUGGUCGGGGGCAUGGUGGACUCCAUUGCUGAGUCCAUGGGCAGAUUGGAUGAAGGCACUCCUCCGGAACCAGAAGGUUCAUUUGUAGAUUAUCAGACAACAAUGGUCAAAUAUUCCAAGGCCAUUGCAGUUACAGCCCAGGAAAUGAUGACAAAAUCUGUGACCAGUCCGGAGGAGUUGGGAGGCCUAGCUUCUCAGGUCACCAUAGACUAUGGGCAUCUGGCUCAUCAGGGCCGACUGGCAGCAGCUACAGCCGAACCUGAGGAGAUUGGGUUCCAGAUAAAAACCCGAGUCCAGGAGCUGGGUCAUGGCUGUAUCUUUCUGGUUCAGAAAGCUGGAGCUCUGCAGAUCACCCCCACAGACAGCUUCACCAAGAGAGAGUUGAUCGAGUGUGCCCGAGCAGUAACUGAAAAGGUUUCUAUGGUUCUGUCUGCUCUUCAGGCUGGAAAUAAAGGAACUCAGGCCUGCAUCACUGCAGCCUCCGCGGUGUCUGGCAUCAUCGCGGAUCUCGACACCACCAUCAUGUUUGCUUCGUCAGGCACCCUCAAUGCUGAGAACGAGGAGUCGUUUGCCGAUCACAGGGAGAAUAUAUUGAAGACUGCCAAGGCCUUAGUUGAGGACACAAAGAUGCUGGUAUCAGGUGCUGCUUCCAGCCAGGACAAACUGGCCCAGGCUGCGCAUUCUUCUGCUAAUACCAUCACACAGCUGACUGACGUGGUGAAGCUGGGAGCCACCAGCAUUGGAUCAGAUGACCCGGAAACUCAGGUUGUGCUGAUCAAUGCAGUGAAAGAUGUUGCCAAGGCUCUGGCUGAAUUGAUCGGGGCCACGAAGUGUGCUUCAGGCAAGCCGGCUGAUGACCCCUCCAUGUACCAGCUCAAGAGCGCUGCCAAGGUCAUGGUGACCAAUGUCACGUCACUUUUGAAGACUGUGAAAGCUGUGGAGGAUGAAGCCACUCGAGGGACCAGAGCACUUGAAGCUACAAUCGAGUGCAUCAAACAGGAGCUGACGGUGUUCCAGUCAAAGCAGGUGCCGGACAGGGUAUCUACACCUGAAGAGUUCAUCCGGAUGACUAAAGGCAUCACCACGGCAACUGCCAAAGCUGUGGCAGCUGGCAACUCUGCGAGACAGGAGGACGUGAUCGCAACAGCCAACCUCAGCCGCAAAGCCAUUAGUGACAUGCUGACCACCUGUAAGCAAGCUGCUUAUCACCAGGAAGUGGGUGACGAUGUGCGAAUCCGUGCCCUGCGUUUUGGGGCGGAGUGUACCAUUGGCUACGCUGAGCUGCUGGAGCACGUUCUAUUGGUUCUUCAGAAACCAACUCCUGAACUGAAGCAGCAGUUAGCUGGGUUCUCGAAACGUGUGGCGGGGGCUGUCACAGAGCUCAUUCAGUCAGCUGAAGCUAUGAAAGACGGGGGUAACGAAUGGGUAGAUCCUGAAGAUCCUACAGUCAUUGCGGAGACAGAGCUGCUGGGAGCUGCAGCAUCCAUAGAGGCUGCAGCCAAGAAACUGGAACAGCUAAAACCAAGAGCCAAGCCAAAGCAAGCGGAUGAAAGCCUGGACUUUGAGGAGCAGAUCUUGGAGGCAGCCAAAUCCAUCGCCGCGGCGACCAGCGCUCUGGUGAAAUCGGCGUCAGCAGCACAGAGAGAGCUAGUGGCGCAGGGAAAGGUUGGCUCUAUCCCUGCCAAUGCUGUAGAUGAUGGUCAGUGGUCACAGGGUCUUAUAUCUGCUGCUCGGAUGGUGGCGGCUGCUACCAGCAAUCUGUGUGAGGCAGCCAAUGCAUCUGUCCAGGGCCAUGCCAGCGAGGAGAAACUAAUCUCCUCUGCCAAACAAGUGGCCGCAUCAACAGCACAACUACUAGUAGCCUGUAAAGUGAAGGCAGACCAGGACUCUGAGGCAAUGAGGAGACUACAGGCUGCUGGGAAUGCUGUAAAGAGAGCAUCGGAUAGCCUGGUCAGAGCGGCUCAGAAGGCGGCGUUCGACAAGAAUGAUGCCGCUGACGUGGUGGUCAAAACGAAAUUUGUUGGCGGAAUAGCGCAGAUCAUUGCAGCGCAGGAGGACAUGUUAAGGAAAGAGAGGGAGCUGGAGGAGGCGAGGAAGAAACUGGCGCAGAUCCGGCAGCAGCAGUACAAGUUCCUGCCGACAGAACUGAGGGAGGACGAGAGCUAAACAAAGGAACUUUGCAAUUUCUUAAUCUUUACCAUUCAAAGGGACAGUAUACCUGUAACCAGUACAGUAGCUGACAGCAAGGUGUGUGUACAUUGUCUACAUAUGCUUCACUGUACAGUAGAUAAGCAACAUUUCUAGUGCCCAGCCGAUAACACGCUACAGUAACUGCAAUCAAAAUCUGUUCUGUAAAGCAGAUUAUGAAUAUAUGAUUUGUUACCUCUGCAAAGGGAUUUUUCGUAAAUUGCUUUCGAUGCGCUUCUAUGAACUGCGUGCAAAUUGAACAUCAGUUUAGGAUGCUUUUGUAACUGUGUAUAUCUGUGCAUACACCAAUACAGACUGACCUUUUGCAAAGCUGUUGUAGACUGGGAAAUGUUUUUUCCUUUCCAUGGUAUGCAUUUGUGCAGCACAGGCAUAUAACAUUUAUUUGAUAGUUUACAGAGAAAACAAUAGAUGUAUUGAUUGCAGGUUUUUACAGUGCUACUGAUUUAACUUUGCAUUUAAGACUGAGGCAAGUCACCUUUUUAUAUAUGUGACCCAAGUUGCUAAUGAAUUUACAGUGAGGUACAAUUGCCAUAGAGAACAUUAAAUGGUGCGUGAUGACAAAUGGAUGCUGGUGGGUGAUUGUAACAACUAGUCAUAUUUGUAUAACUGUAUAAAUCAUAGUAAUUGAUUCUUUAGCAUACCACUUCAGAAAGCUUAAAUGCAGACCCUGACUUUUUCUUCUUAACUCGCCAUCCAUUUAGCAACACAGAUGCAGCUACCUAAAUGAAAAACCUAUUUGUGUUUUGUGAGCUUUGUGGAGUUUUAAAAAGUUGAAUGCAAAGUUGAAGUACUUGGAGAGGUACACAAAAACUAUUAUAAUGGUAUCUCACUACAAAUAUUAAUAUAGUUGUUGUUUUGUUCUUUUAACCGAAAAUUCCAUGCACACCUUUGUAUGAUUACUAACAUAAAUGCUGCUGUACUGUUUUUAAAUCGAAUUCAAAUACAUAAAAAAAGCCACUCCACCUUCAUUUAUAGGGAUAAAAAACACGUAUAUAAGGCUAUUGUGCACCUCAUUAUAACAAACACGCACUGCUUGUUGCUUCUAAUAAAGGUGGAGUGGAAGGUAUAUAUUGUCCCUUUUGAAAUACAAUACUGUAAUUGAGCCAAACCUGUUCAGAAGUGCCAACCUAUCAAACACGGCAGUGCACUCGAUCUAAUAUUGCACUGGGAAGUAGACUGUUUGAAGAGGUAGGUUAGAACAAGAUAGAUAGUUUUAACUUCCCAAAUCCCCUCCACCCUGCCUUGCAUGCACUACAUAUCCAGUACAUAUCAGGAAAGUUUAUAGACCACUAGUAGUUAAUGUGACUAGGUAGCACACACUAAGUAGGAAACAAAAAAAUGCAGUUUUUUCCCCCUCCCCAACUAAAGGUUGAAUUAGUUUAUUUUGAAAUAAAGAAAAAAAAAACACCUGUGGCUGUUCCCAUGCAAUGACGUACAGAGAUUAUGUGAAUUACAUUUUUAUUAUAGAUCAGUAAUAUAGAUUACUUUUUAAAGUCAGUGACGUAGUGGAGUAUUUCAGUCAAUAGGCUUUGCCCUUGUUUCUUAUUGCAACAAACUGUUCUUCCAUGUGUACGAGACAAUGUAUUCGGUCUUACCACUGUGUUGCAAGCUGCAUAGUUUUUGGAAAACUUUUAGGGUCUUUUCAGAAAUUGCAAUCGAAUGCUGACGGCAUUAUUUGAGUCAGUCCUGCCAAGCUUUGCAUGUUUGGCAUACAUGGUCAGUCAGUUUUAGUCGGAAGGCUAGCAAAAAUUGAGAGCUACAGGAUGCAGCCAGCUCUUGUUUCAAGUGGUCACAUGACAGUGUCCUAUUCAUGUUUUACAACUGAAAUGACACUGUUAUAACAGUGUUAUAACUAGGCAUUGUCUACCCCUGCAUAAUCUUAAAUGCCUUUUUGUUUUUAAAUACAGUAUUUGAAGCACGUAAGUUCACUUUUGUUUUCAAAUGUACCCGAAUGUGAAAAUGUAGUUUUAAUUCAUUGUCACUGUAUGUUUUGAAAAUGUGGCCCAUUUCAAAAUGCACUGCUGCAAACAAUAGAGAUAUCCUUUAAAUGUGUAUUUUCCAACAGUAUGCAUCUUUCAGAGUCUUACAGCCAGAGUUUACAAUAUUCCCAGUUGAUUCAGCUGACCAUUUUUACAAUGGGCCAUAUUCUCAAAACAGAGCUAUGUAUUUGUAUGGGUAUAUAUGGUUAGUUUGCCUGGGGUGCCACAAAGCCUACUUCUGACACCAUGUACAUGGCUUUACGCUACAGAAAACACUGAUAUUGAAGCACUACACACAAUGAAGUUGUAUUAUUAUUACUCAUGCUACCGUUGCAAACAAGAAGGAAUUCAGACAGGGCAGUGUCUUUAAUGGGAUAGCUUUGUUGCUGAGUCACAAAUAUGCUGCUUGGCUUGUUAACACAGGGUCUCUAUGUGCGGUUUUGUACGGUCUGUGUAGCUUUUUUGUGCCUUAGUCUAAUCGCACUUACAUAGCCUCUAUCUGCUAUAAAGAGGGCGGCCUCCACGCACAGCCCUACUCACUCAGACCUCUGAUUCUGUUUAGCAAUUCUGCAAUGAUCCACACAGGUUGUGCCGUGCUUGUCUCGCCUCCUCGCAUGAGCCUCCUAGUAACCUGCCUUGUUUCUUUGUUUGCAAGUUAACCAGGUGUCUUUCGUUAGAAAAUAAGAUGUGCUGGUGUAAACCUCUCUGUGUACACCAUUCCAUUAGCAAAGAUGCAUUAUAACUUAAGUAAGGCAGACAGCCUAGGUCAAACUGUACUGUCUGCUUAGUUCUUGUAUGUUACUAGUUUUUGUCUAUUUUAGGCAACUGCCUCUACAUUCUUCUUAAGCCACUA